ACUUUCAAUGUCGUACUUGUCUUUAUCUAUGGCGGCUAUUGCUGGCAAUAGUUUGUGGUUAUUUGAGACGUUUCAGAAUUGAAAUUCAGUCCACACAAUUGACAACAAUUGAACAAAUAUUAAACAUUAGUGAUCAACGUGUUAAUAUGGUGAAUUCGUUUAAGAGUUAAGCAAAUUGACCCAUAUUUUGCAGUCCGAAACCAUAUAUUUUCGAGCAAAUUCACAGGUAUCUUGAUCAUGUCGGACUCGGAAGCUAGUAAUUUCUCAGACAACGAGCGUGGGUCUGAAGCUGCUUCUGUAAGAUCACGCAGCUCCAGGGGCAGCGUUAGAUCACGACGAAGCAAAUCUGCCUCUCCAUCGAGAUCGAGAUCACGAACUCCGUCUAGGUCUAGGAGUGGGAGUGCAAGAUCUCGAUCUAGAAGUGUGUCUAGAAGCAGAUCUAGAAGUAGAAGUGGGUCUAGGAGACGAUCGGGAUCAGAAGCGCAUGAAGUAUCUGACCCCGAAGACGUACAAGAGGAAGAAGAGCCGGAUGGACAGAGUCUUCGAGAUAGUGAAGAAUAUGAUUCCGAGGAAGACGAUAGCGACGAAGGUGGAAGGUCAAAAAAGCGCAAAAAGAAAGAUAGAUAUGGGGGAUUCAUUAUUGAUGAAGCUGAGGUUGAUGACGAGGUAGAAGAUGAAGAUGAAUGGGAAGAUGGAGCCCAGGAAAUCGGUAUUGUGUCUAACGAGCUAGAUGAGUUUGGUCCUACUGCUCGUGAAAUUGAAGGCAGAAGAAGGGGAACUAAUCUAUGGGAUGCUCAGAAGGAACACGAAAUUGAGGAAUAUUUACGAAAAAAAUAUGCUGAUGAUGGUGCCGCUGCCAAGCAUUUCGGAGAUGGUGGCGAGGAAAUGUCGGACGAAAUUACUCAACAGACAUUAUUACCGGGUGUAAAAGAUCCUAAUUUAUGGAUGGUUAAAUGUCGCAUUGGCGAAGAAAAAUCCACAUGCCUUCAUUUAAUGCGUAAAUUUCUGGCUUAUCAGAAUACUGGCGAACCAUUGCAAAUUAAAUCUGUUGUGUCGCCUGAAGGUCUCAAAGGAUACAUCUAUAUUGAAGCUUAUAAACAGCCCCACGUUAAGGCUGUAAUUGAUAAUGUUGGGAACUUGAGAGUAGGACAAUGGAAGCAGCAAAUGGUCCCCAUCAAAGAAAUGACAGAUGUAUUGCGCGUUGUGAAAGAACAAACAGGUCUGAAAUCCAAACAGUGGGUUCGACUUAAACGAGGUCUCUACAAGGAUGAUAUUGCCCAAGUGGAUUAUUUUGACAUGGCUCAGAAUCAGGUUCAUUUGAAGAUAUUACCUAGAAUCGAUUAUACGAGACUUCGUGGAGCUCUCAGAACGACUCAAUCGGAAUCUGAAGCUGAAAAAAGAAAAAGAAAGCGACGCCCACCCGCCAAGCCGUUCGAUCCUGAAGCAAUUAGAGCUAUUGGUGGAGAAGUUACAUCAGACGGUGAUUUUUUGAUCUUUGAAGGCAAUAGAUAUUCCAGAAAAGGGUUCCUUUACAAAAAUUUCACACUUAGUGCUGUGAUUGUGGAUGGCGUUAAACCUACUCUAGCAGAAUUGGAACGUUUUGAAGAACAACCAGAAGGAAUCGAUUUAGAAUUGCCUACCGAAAAGGAGGAUAAAGCAGUGACACAUUCAUUUAGUGCUGGAGACAAUGUGGAAGUGUGCGAAGGAGAAUUGAUCAAUUUGCAAGGAAAAAUUUUAAGCAUCGACGGUUCUAUGAUUACUAUAAUGCCUAAACAUGCAGAUUUAAAGGAACCAUUGGUAUUCCAGGCGUCAGAAUUAAAAAAAUAUUUCAAAAUGGGGGACCACGUCAAAGUUUUAGCAGGACGAUAUGAAGGAGAUACCGGACUAGUUGUGCGUGUCGAAAUCAACAGAGUCGUAUUAAUUUCCGAUCUUACAAUGCAUGAAAUGGAGAUUUUGCCCAAAGACUUGCAACUGUGCAGUGAUAUGGCCAGCGGCGUUGAUUCAUUGGGGAAAUUUGAAUGGGGUGAUUUGGUGACUCUGGAUGCGGAAACUGUCGGAGUUAUUGUCAGAUUGGAGCGUGAAAACUUUCACGUGUUAAAUAUGCAUGGUAAAGUGGUAGAAUGUAGACCUGGCUCGUUGCAAAAAAGAAAAUUGAACAAAUUUUUGGCAGCUCUCGAUUCUUAUCGGAAUAGUCUUCACAGACAUGACAUGGUCAAGGUUAUAGAUGGGCCCCAUUCUGGAUUUUCCGGAGAAAUCAAACAUCUUUAUCGAAAUUUCGCAUUUCUACAAUCGGUGGAAUUUCUUAAUAACGGCGGGAUAUUUGUGUGUAAAACCAAGCAUUUGCAAUUGGCCGGCGGAAGCAAAAUCGUACCAAACGCCGAUAUUGGAACUGGAAUGGAGUUUAUGUCUCCUAGAAGAAGCUCGCCUAUGCAUCCUUCAAGCGGCGUCGGAACUAUGCCAGGUGUUGGAGGCGGUUUUCGAGGGGCAAGGCGUGGUAGAGGACGAGGAUCUCGUGAUAGAGAUAUGAUUGGUACUACGAUUAAAAUUACAAAAGGGCCUUAUAAAGGCAACAUUGGAAUUGUUAAAGACGUGACUCAAAGUACGGCUAGGAUUGAAUUACACACAUCAUGUCAGACCAUCUCAGUGGAUCACAACAACAUCGCUGAUGUUGGUACUCCGUCUAAAGAUGGCUCGAUAUCGAGCUACGGCCGCACCCCCGCGUAUUCCGGAAGCCAAACACCGUUAUAUCGAGACAUGGGCAAUAAAACACCCAUGGCAGAGUCAGGCUCAAGAACACCAUUACAUUAUGGGUCAAUGACCCCAAUUCAUGAUGGAUCCAGGACACCAAAUGCCAGCUCGGAAUGGGAUCCUAGUCUUCCAAAUACAUACCCAUCUCCUGCAUACAAUCCUAGUACUCCGGGAGGCAUAAACGCUCCAUUUACUCCGCAAACGCCGGGAGCGGUCUACGAUAAUUCAUAUAGUCCAUAUGGAUAUCAAAGUGCGAUUUCUACUCCUUCACCAGCUACAGGCUAUGGACAAUCUCCAGCAAGUAACAAUCCGUACAACACACCAAGUUCGGGUUAUAGUCCAACGAUGCCUUACAAUCCGCAGACUCCUGGAGCUGGACUAGAUGUUCUUCCCAUGACUGAUUGGCAUACUGUUGAUAUUGAGGUUCGCGUUCGUGAUAGUCACGAUGACAAAGAUUUGGUGGGACAGACGGUAGUUAUAAGAAGUAUUUCGGGAGCCAUGUGUUCCGUAUUUCUCCCAAUAGAGGAUCGUGUCGUGAACAUUUUGGCAGACCACUUAGAUCCCGUCCGUCCUCAAAGGGGUGACCAGUUUAAGGUUAUCAUAGGCGAGGAGCGAGAACAAACUGGUGAACUUCUCUCGAUAGACUCUCAUGAGGGAGUGGUAAAAAUCAAGAACGACAUCACCAUGUUACCCUUGCAAAACUUGUGCAGAAUGCGUAAAAGAGAUCACUAAAGUGAAGAUGAGAAUAUCUGAGCCAACAAAUUUCAACUGCAUGUAGAUUGUAUUAUAAAAAUAUAGGUGUGUAGGCUUG